GGAGCAGGGCGGGUGUCGUGCUCCGGGCGGGCGGGCAGAGGGUGCUGCAGGGACAGCGGGCACCGGCCGGGCGGGCAGCGCGGUGCCCCCGCCCUGCACACACAGGCACAGGCAGAGGGACAGACACCGGCUCCUGGAGAGGAAGAUGCGUCUGGAACACGACGCCUGCAUCUGAGCACGGCAAGGACCAGAGCAGCCGACGAGGAGGUGCGGAACCGACCCAUCCUCCUCCUCCUCCCGAUACCCCCCCCCGCCCCCCCCAAGCACAUAUAAAGAGCAGGAAGAAGAUCACAUGUUAGAAUAAUCCCCUCUGCAGCCAGACAGGACCAGAGAGGAGAGCUGCCCAGUUAGGACUGAGAGAUGCGCUAAAAGCUGAAGGGAGGCACGGCCAAAACUUGAAGAUAACCAGGCACCGUCGGGAGGAAGGACCCCCAGCCCAAGCGCUGCUGGAGCAGGAGGGAGGAAGGAUUCCCCAGCGUCCCCCCUCUUCCCUUUCUCCCCUCUCUCCUGGCGCUGGGCAUCGCAUCUCCUCCCCUGCCCUUGUGCCCUCCGCAGCCCCCAAGGCUGGGGAGAGCCGCACUCCGGCGGCAGCGGCAGCCGGGACCUCCCGGGCACUGGCCCCGGCCCCGGCGGGCUGCCCUUGGCUGCGUUUUCGACUCCCUGGCGCUCGCUGUGUGAAGCAAAUCCCUUGGAGGUGGGGGAGAAGUGGCUUCCGUGACAGCGGAGGCAGGAGGGAAGUGAUACAAGAUAAACCAAACCAAAACACAAGACAAGAGAGAGAAGAGCCAAGAAAGCACUUGCUUCUCAUCAUCCCUCAGGGAGAAAAGCCAACUCCUCUCUUCUAUGAUCCUCCGCUGCAGGGAGCAAAGGGAGAGAAGGUCCGGGGAUACCCUGCUAAGGACGCGCUGCCCGGACCCCAGCGCCACCAUCAGCCGCUGGGGAAGGUCGCCAAGGGGAGCCGAGGCAGAGCCAGAGCCAGAACCAAAACCAAGCUCCUCCGAAAGCAAGGAGCAGAAAUGAAAGUUUCCAAAUAGCAUCCAUCCACUCGCCAAGGACCGGACGGAACGGAGCUCGCUGAGGCGCUCAGGGAUGUGAACGUCCCCAGCCCGCUGCAUGGAGAGGGGUGAAGACACCCAGAAUCCUUAUUUAUUGGAAGCAAUGAAUGGGUGACACCCAGAAGGCAUCUGAGUCCUGAGGACCCCCCCCCCCCCCUACACACACACACAACAAACAGCUCUGGACCCAAACAAGACCAAGAAGAAUGAGGCAGCAGCCUUGACCCCUGCACUGAGGGGAAGGUGAGCAGAGAGAAAGCAAGCAAGCACAGAAAAGCCAUGCAAGCACCAAACCUGUAGGUUAUUGCAGCUCUCUUUUGCUUCACUGAGGACAGCUAUUCUGCUGACAGCCAUGCAGCAUCAAGGCAUCAUGCUGAUUGUGUUCUUGGAAUAUGUUAUAUCUGGCCAUGGGGAAGCAGACCCCACCAGGCCCCGAGCCUUCCGCUGCAAUGGUCGGUCCUGCAACCCUCCAGUGGGAAACCUGGCAACAGGGAGGACACCGGUCACCCUCACCACGUGUGGCCAGAACAGCACAGAGCUCUACUGCUUCUACCCAGACCAGAAUCUCCUCCAUCAGGUCACCCAUGGCUGUGGGCAGCCUCGCUGCACCAAGUGCAAUGCCAACCAGCCUGAUAACUCCCAUCUCCCUGCUGACAUGACGGAUGAUUUCUUUGCAAACCCCAUCUCCUGGUGGCAGUCUGCCCAAGGGGUACACAGGGAAGAAAUCAGACUGGACUUUGAAACAGAAUUCUACCUGACCCAUGUCAUUGCUGUGUUCAAGUCACCUCGCCCAGCUGCAAUGGUGUUGGAAAGAUCCCAGGACUAUGGGCAGACUUGGAGGCCCUACAAGUAUUUCUCUGUCAACUGUACAGCGACUUUUGGACUCCAGGAUGAUCUGAUUGAGGAGGGCUCCAUGUGCACAUCCAGGUAUUCAGAUGCAAUGCCCUGCACCAGAGGAGAGGUGAUCUAUCGUGCCUUAAGUCCGGCUAACAAGAUUGAAGACCCCUACAGUCCUGAGGCUCAAGAUCUCCUGAAACUCACCAACCUCCGCCUCCUUCUGUUGAAAAGACAGGAAUGUCCCUGCCACAGCUUGGGAUUGGUGGAGAAACCCCAGAGAUUUGCCCACUAUGCUAUUUAUGACCUGAUCAUCCGGGGAAGCUGCUUCUGCAAUGGGCAUGCAGAGGAAUGUGAGCUUGCCAACAGGACGGGGGUCAUGGAGAACAUGGUCCAUGGGAAGUGUGUGUGUAGACACAACACUGCAGGAGACCACUGUGAGAAAUGUGCACCACUAUACAACGAUCAGCCUUGGAAGCCAGGAGAUGGCAAAACAGGGGCACCGAAUGAAUGCAGAAAGUGUCGCUGUCACAACCAUGCUGACAGCUGCCACUUUGACCUGAGUGUGUGGCUGGCCUCGGGGAAGCGCAGUGGUGGGGUCUGUGACAACUGCAAGCACAACACAGAGGGACAUCGGUGCCAAAGGUGCAAACCGGGCUAUUACCGCGACAGAGGGAAGCCCAUGUCCUCUGCAGAGGUCUGCAAACCCUGUGCUUGCCAGCCGAUGGGUUCAGCCAACGCAACCUUCAACAGGAGCUGGCGAUGCCACCCCAAAACAGGAUUCUGCUACUGCAAGCCAGGAGUGGCGGGUCCCAAGUGCGAUAGGUGCCUCAUGGGCUACUGGGGCUUUGGAGAACACGGCUGCCGCCCUUGUGACUGCGCCAGAGACUGCGACCAGCACACCGGGAACUGCUUCGAUGGCUAUGACAAUGAGCCAUUCUUUAACAUCCCCAUCGGGGGCCGAAUCCCUGACCUGGUGCAAACACCGGCCAAUGAGAGCGAAGAGGAGUGGAGAUGGAAUGACCAUGAGCAGGGGUUUUCGGCGCUGAGGCAUCCAGAAAAGUGUGUUUGUAAAGAAAAGGUGCUUGGAAGCGUCUCUGACUUCUGCCAAAUGAAAUACGCUUAUGUGAUAAAAGCAAGAAUCCUUUCGGCUCAUGACAAAGGGACCCACGCAGAAGUUGUUGUGAAGGUGAAGAAGGUCCUGAAAUCAGGCAAAGUGAAAAUCGCUCGGAGCAACAGAAGCAUUUACCCAGAAUCCUGGACCAACAGGGGAUGUACAUGUCCCAUUCUCAACCCUGGUACUGACUAUCUCAUAGCAGGCCAGGAGGACUCUAGGACCAGCAAACUCCUUGUGAACAUGAACAGCCUGGUGAAACCCUGGAAAGCACAUUUGGGAAAACAAGUAUCAGAUAUUCUCCGAACUGGAUGCAAAUAAUUUCUGCUUCAGGAGUUGCGGAGCUGAACUUUGCCUCUUAGUAACACUGCAGUGAAAGGUGUAGUUAGCUCAUGCGUUUCCAUUCAGGAUGCUCCUAGCUGAGGUGAUGGAAGCAGACUUGCCAUCUUUUCUCCUUUCACACACAUAGGAAACUUGGGAUGUGACUCCUUUUCCCACAAAGGCACAGCCUAAUCAUACAACAUUAACUACAGCAUCGUACAUAGGCUAGAAGUCAGUUCCUAAUUUAAGCCUGGUUCCACAUAUCUGGAGAAUCAUUUCACAAGGCAAAACUAAAGAUAUGGAUUAGUAUUACCAUACUUCAGGUCAGAGUCUGGUGUUAAUGUGUAUAAGCUGCUUACACAAUGCGUUCAGCUCUUGGGUGUAGUUUUCCUUGUAAGUAACCACUUACAAGGCAGCAGUUUCUUUCAGCUUUACCAGUGGAAUGAUAUUAAACAGCACAUCAAAUAAUAGAGAGCUCAGAUUGCUGUAACACCAGACUGCAAUUAUGCCAAUAGAACAGGUUGUUUCCCAGGAGGCAAUAUUAUCCCAUUGCUGAACAGGAACACACUAACACAUGAUUUCUCUUGGGACAAGGGCCUGCAUAGAUGUAUACUGCUAUCAUCAAUGCUUAGGGCUGCUGCAGAAACUAAACUUGGCUCAAACUUGAUUCCAAAUCCAACCCUUACUCUCCGAAGUCAUUUUGCUCUUUGCUGUAGUGCUUUAGUUUGUAACACCAUUAAGGUUUCACAGUGAAAAGCCUUAAUACUAGGAAAGAGCCAAAACACGUGAGGAAAUAGCAGCUGCUCUAAUGUUGGGAUUGUGACACUACAAAAGCUGCAAGGCUGAAGCAGGAGGAGGUAACUGGACUGUGCAUCAAAGGAGGGAGCUCUGUGAGAGCAUCCUGCCUGUUCAAACUGUGCUCGAGACCACUGGCAUUUGAUUGCACUUAGUGCUUUCAUUCUGCUUUAUAUCGGAUUAAGAUACCGAAGCUUGGCUUCCCAUUGUACCUGAGGAUUAUUUUUCCCUCUGCAGAAGCACAGGAGUGAUAACAUCUGCACUCUAGGUAAAAAUAGUUCUGUUCUGCAAGAGCAUCCUUUCUAACUCGAUUUUACCCUAUAGUCACGAAGAGGUAGCAUCUUGAAUCAUUCCCUAACACAGUGUUUUGAGGUAAGUGUAGUUUAAGACCUGCAUUCCCUGUUGAAGGACUCACGAUAAAUGAAGCUGAUUGGAGCACAUUCCCUCUUCAAAUAAAGCAGAAACUGUGAGUCAGUCUAUUCUUUGAAGGGGGUUCCAGAGAAGCAGCAUGUACACCAGCUACUUCUGCUAUUCCUACUCCAUGUCUAUAACACUCUCAGGAGGUAUCUGCUAUCUUCAUCCAGCACUGUCUGACUGGCACAUGGAGUACCUAAAGAAAGCUAAUACUAAUGCAGAAUGAUUGCGGUCCCAGUUGACAGCAUAGGCCAUUGGUUUGUUCUCUUUAUCACCAGCUGCUUUCCUGCCAUUUGUUGCUGUUUUCAGACUGGUUGAACAGCAGAAACCCCUCAGCUCAUUUGGGAAUGGAUGACAGGCAGAUACUUACAGAAUAAACACCCUACUUUUUCCCCAGCAGUGCAUAAACAGUGUUUCUGCCUCCCCCUUUCCUCCGACUUCUCCCCUCCUCCAUUGCCAUGACUUUCCCUCUUUCACUUCAUUAUUUAUUUGUUGUUACCUCAAGUGGUAUCCAACACUGUGGCAUCUCCAGAAGCCAUUAAAUUAAUGCAAUAAACCACUUUUUAACCAAGGAAUUUGGUUUAAUUUGCAGUGUCAGCUUACAGAAGGUAAGAGCGUAGCAACUGCUUCCUUUAAUGUCUCCAGAAAUCAUCUCGCCACAAAGACUGAGCAGUUCUCUUUCAAAUCUCAAUAAAGAUGUGUACGUGAAUUUACAGUCUGUUCUAAAGGGCCUCCAAGAAUAAAUAAAAACUAAGUGUAGGUUUAGAAUGAAGCUAAGGAACACGCUUUUCAACAGAGGCCAUUCUAUCUGCAGGGGAUCUUAUUUAAUGAUGCUCAUAUUCCAUUUUGGUUUAUAGUCAGUACCACAUUAAAGCAAACUCCCAUAUUCCA